GCCGUGGCUCGUUCUCGUGACACAAAGCAAACACAUAUAGUUAUAACAGGUUUUCAUAACACCAAAGCGCGUGUAGCUGAAAGAAACUCGCGGGCUGUCUGUCUCGCGCCCAGCAAAGCUUGUGCGCAGUAUGGCGCGUUGAAUUCCUCACCCUGUGAAUAUAUUGCUGCAAGAUAGUGAAGCAGAAUGGACUCGCUAGACGCUGCGCAGCUACGUGCAGUUUUGGAUGAUGCUCAGGCUAGCCUCGCGGCCGCACUGGGACGCAUUGAGGCCUUUCGGAUACGCGAGAAGCAGGUCAUGAAUGAGCUAUCCCAGCUCAGAGCGCAAGUGCAUGGCGGGGCAUCAGCAGGUCCACCCACACCAAGUGCGAGGCAGGCCCCGCUGAGUGCGCAGCCCGCUGGUGCGGGGCAAUCUAAGCAUGCGGAGGAGAAGCAGUCCACGCAACAGGAGGCUGCUCCUCCGAAGGGGGCCCAACCGGCAUGGACCAGCCCUGGCGCUCAACCAGUCUACGUGACCAACAUCGGUGGAGACUACCCGAUUCACAUCAUCAGCGGAUCAAAAAAGGUGCCGGGCAGCCUGGUGGUGACGCCCGAGUACGUGGACUUUGUGGAAGUGAAGGCGCGUGUGCGGCUGGAGGAGUUCGUGGGCAUCAGCACUGUCAAGACGGACACGCCGAAGGCACGGGGUGGCGGCGGUCUGUUCGCGUGUUGCCUAGCGCCGCCCGCUGACGUGUCGGGUGCUGCUGCUGCCGCUGCUGCCGCUUCUGGUUGCAAGGACUUUGACGAGGACGCCGCCGCCGGCGACCAGGCCAUGGGCGUGUGGCAGAUCCUGUGGAGCAAGGGCGGCGUGCCGCAGCGGCAGGCCUUCGAGGCGUCCGUAGCAACACGGGAGGCGCUCCACCGGUGCACACAGCGCUGGCUGGGGCAGGUGGACGACGGGGGGACCAAGCAGAAGAACGUGGCGGUGGAGGGCACGGAGCUGGAGAUCGCGGUGCCUCGCAACCUGAUGGUCGGUGACGCCACCCUGACUCUGGUGGGCGACGCCAGUGCCAUUCUGACCGAGGGCCACGCGCGCGCGCUGGCCAGUGCCAUCCCGCCGCUGGAGCGCAUGAAGGAGUGGACGCUGUCCUACUCCACCACCAAGCACGGCACCAGCCUGCAGACGCUGUAUCGCAAGGCAGUGCCGGGCAUGGCCACCAUCCUGCUGAUCAGGGACUUCGGCGGCUACACGUUCGGCUGCUACACGCCCGACAGCUGGCGCGUGUCGCCGCGCUACUACGGCUCCGGCGAGACCUUCGUGUUCCAACUGGAGCCCUACCGGGUGGCCUACCCCUGGCGCUCCAUGUCUAAGGAGAAGAACGACUACUUCCAGUACGGCACGCCGGAGUGCCUGGCGGUGGGCGGGCUGGGCCACUUCGCCAUCUGGGUGGACGCGGACCUGAUGCAGGGCAGCAGCGGCACGUGCGGCACCUUCGGCAGCCCCUGCCUGGCGCACAGCGAGGACUUCAAGGUGCAUGUGGUGGAGAUGUGGCAGGCCACGCAGGGGUAGACGCGAUGGCGGGGUUGCAAAGAUGGUUGGAAAGCGGUACAGGAUAUACUGAAGACCGCAGACGCAAUGGGGAGGAGGAGCACUGCAGGAUGAGGAAGAGGAGGAUGUAGGAACUAGCAAGCCUGGUAGUUGCUGAGCAGGAUUUGGCGAGGAGGAGGAGGAGCAGUGGGGGCUUGGGUGUGGGAGGGCCGCCAGCAGGAGGCGGGGGCGGGCAGGGGAUGCGGCGAUUGGACAGCGUACAAAGAAGGCUUGCCUAACGGAAGGCUCAAGCAGGGCCAAGCGAGGAGGCCAGAGGUUGGGCGCGCACGACUGAUGCUGUGGCAGAUGUUUGGGCACAGGUCAAGGACCCCAAGGAGAAGAGUCGAUGCAAAUGAAUGUCGUGUCGGUGUGCGCGUGCGCGCUGUGCUGCGUGUGUGUGGCCUUACCCGGGCGAGUUGUAGGCUUGUAGUAGGGAGAGGGCUGCCGACUGGAGCUCCUCAGGUCGUAUCUAAGCGCAACUAGCUGUGACGCUGUGUAGUGUGUACUCGUAUGUGACUCCCAAAGGAAUGCCGCGCCUAGACUUGGAAGUGCAAGGGAUACAUGCUUUUCCGGCAUGAAAAGAAGUACGGUAUGCCACGUGCAUAUGUGUGGACAUUUGAAACCGAAUGGGUCUGAUAAGCGGUCGUGAGAAUUGAAGUGCGGGGCCUUGUGUAACAUGCAGGCCGC